AUGCGUGAACUAUAUGAUUUGAUUACCGGCAAGAAUAUCGACCAUCAAACGUUCGAAAGCGUCUCGACAAUUAUACAGAAAAGGUUCACCAAUGCGGGCAACUGGUUUCAGGUCGGAUCAGCCCUUGCUUUACUGCUGCUACAGAACGAUCUGACUUAUCCGUUUAACCGGCUAGCGGGUAUCUAUGUGCUGUACGACAUACGACGCAAAGAGCAAGCGGAGUCGCCGUUUUACCUCUUUUUAGCUCGAUUUCUGGAACCCAUCGGUGGUGUGACGCCGAACAACAACCGGCGACAGAUGGUUGAGCUAAAAUUCAUACACCUGCUGUUGUCAAACGGUGAUCCCGAGAUUGAUAAAAAGUCUCCGCGAAUGUUUUGUCAAGCUUUUGCCGCCUUGCCCACACCAAUCGGUCCGGCCGAAAUAGCGUUUGUGAAAGCGAAAGCAACGGAACGGUUGAAAGAGUUCCCGCUGACCGUACGAUCGAACGUGGUGAACGUAGUGCCAGCGAUUGCGGUUCUACCCGGCCGGGAACCAGCCCUCAAAAACUACACCGGGCCGACCAUCGAAGAGCUCAUCAACGGCAUGACACUGAAUCCGAGCAACCCCCUAACGAAUGCUCUUGGGCCUACUUUUAUGUCCGUGGCGCCUCCAUUGCUGACCUGUGAGGAUGAACUUAUUUGGCUUGAUUUAGGCAGCCCGUCCUACCACAAACCCGUCUACAACAGUUGCAGCGAUGCGGAACCAACACCGGACAAAUGUUUGCAGACGCUACUCGAUCAGUCGUUUAGGCAAGCUUUAAGCAUUGCGGACCAGCAAACGCUCGUGAACGAGCUGGAGAAGGACACGCAACAAACGCAUCUUUCUUGCGUUACACCGGAAAAGCUUCCCAACUUAGUCGAGUACAAUCCAACGAUUGCUAUCGAAAUAUUGAUGCGAAUGCUAAAAACGCGUCAUAUCGAGGCUUACCUGGAAGCUAUCGUUGAUAUGGAGCUGUCCCUGCAUUCGAUGGAAGUGGUGAAUCGACUUACCACGUCCGUCGAUUUGCCGGUAAGCUUCGUGCAUCUGUACAUCGUCAACAGCAUCGGUACGUGUUCCACGAUCCGAGACAAGUACAUGCAGAAUCGGUUGGUUCGGUUGGUCUGCGUGUUUCUGCAGAGCCUGAUCCGGAACAAGAUCAUCGACGUGAAGCAGCUGUACAUUGAGAUCGAAACGUUCUGCAUUGAGUUUAGCCGGAUACGAGAAGCUGCCGCUCUGUACCGAUUGUUGAAGCAGCUGGAACUGGACCAGGGCACUGUGGCGGGAAGCUCCGGUACGUCUGCCGGUGCGGUACAGCCACCGAAGGAAUCUUAG